AUGACUCCUGAUCUCGACAAAUACCUCAUUGAUGUAGAAUUAAACGGCAAACGUCAACGUUUUGAAGUCGAUUCCGGUGCAAAAUUUUCCCUACUUUCAGAAAGUGAUUACAAGAAACUCAAGCUUGGCCUUCCCCUACAGAGUUCUAAUAUUUGCUUUCGUUCAUACACAGGUAACAUCAUUAAACCUGUUGGGAAAGUAUCUGUUACUGUAUCUUACAAUGGUAAACAGAUAUAUGGUGAACUACACAUCGUACCUGCAGGACAUGACGCUUUGUUAGGUAGACAGUGGAUUAGAGGGUUAGAAAUCGAGCUUCGACAGGUGUAUGAGGUAAUGUUUCAGAAACCUUCAAACCACGUUCCAACUCACAGUGUAAAUUCAAUAAACGAAAUUUUAAGUAAUUUUGCUCCCAUUUUUGAAGAAAAAGUAGGAUGCGUUCCAAACUUUAAAGUCUCCCUGCAACUUCGAGAAGGCGCAAAACCGAUCUUUACGAGGGAAAGAGAUGUGCCAUAUGCACUACGAGAACAAGUUGAAAAGGAACUAGAUACACUUGAAGCUGAAGGAAUAAUUUCCAAAGUCACAACUUCGGAUUGGGGAUCACCUCUUGUUGUAAUACCCAAACCUAACGGCGGAAUCCGCCUAUGCGUUGACUACAAGUGUGGGGUUAACGACAGAUUAGUACAAGCAAAUCAUCCAAUACGUCGCAUCGAUGACGUGCUCAACAGCCUGAGGAACUCUAAGUACUUUUGUAAGCUUGAUUUAUUUAAAGCUUAUUUACACCUGCAAGUUGAUGAAGACAGUAGCAAAAUUCAAACUCUUUCAACACACAGAGGUACAUACAGGAUCCACAGACUCAGUUUUGGAAUAAAAACUGCUCCAGCCGAAUUCAAUCGGAUCAUAUCUCAAAUCCUCAUGGGACUAAAGAAAACAGAAGCCUAUUUUGAUGAUAUCAUCAUUCAUGGAAACACAUUCGACGAGUGCCUUCAAAACCUACAAGCAUGUCUUCAACGACUGUCCGACUACAACUUGCAUGUAAACAGAAAUAAAUGCACUUUUAUGACUGAAAAAGUGGAAUACCUUGGUCAUGUUGUUCAACAUAACAAAAUCAGCAAGUCUCCAUCCAAAGUUCAAGCGAUUCAAGAUAUGCCACGUCCACACAAUGUCGAGGAACUCAAAAGAUUUUUGGGGUUGGUUACAUACUACUCAAGAUUUGUACCAGAUUUUUCUACAAUGAUAUUUCCACUCAGAUGUCUACUGAAGAAAUCAGAACCAUGGAUGUGGACAGCUACUUGUGAAUCUGCAUUUCUAAAACUCAAAUCAGAACUCUGCAGUGACAGAGUGAUAAUUCCAUUCGACCCUAACCUAAACCUCAUCCUGACAACUGAUGCUAGUCCUACAGGUGUCGCAGCUGUACUAAGUCAUGAAAUCGAAGGAGUAGAACGUCCGAUAGCAUACGCGUCUCGUUCUUUGAAUCCGAGUGAAAUGAACUACAGUCAACUUGAUCAAGAGGCAUUGGCGAUUAUCUUUGGUGUGAAUAAUUUAUACAACUACCUACUUGGCAAGAAGUUCAUUUUAGUUACAGACAACGAACCAUUGACAAGGAUUUUUCACCAAAAUAAAGCUCUACCACAGAUGACGUCAGCUCGCCUACUGCGAUACGCUUCAUUCCUCUCCGGAUUUGAUUACAUCGUUCGAUUCAAGAAGGGAAGUAGCAAUCAAAAUGUAGAUUGUUUAUCAAGAUCUCCAGUCAAAACAUGCAGUAGUUCAACAGAUCAACAAAUCGGGGAAAAAGUGAACCAGCUUUAUUCUCAAUCACUUUUUCAAGUAUCCAACCGUGAAAUAACUUCAAAGACAAUCAAAGAAGAAACCGCAAAAGACCAUGAAAUGAAUGGAAUAGUUCGAACCCUGAAAAACAAUUCUACUGACUCAGAAUACACCCUACUUGACGGUAUAUUGUUUCGAAAAGACAGAAUUGUAAUUCCAACAUCUUUACGCUCCAAAAUACUCAGUGAACUUCAUGAAACUCAUCUGGGAAUAACCAAAAUGAAGCAACUCGCUCGACGCUAUGUUUACCGUCCAGGAAUUGACGGUGAAAUCGAAAGACUAGUUAAAGGAUGCAAAAGUUGCGCCCUAGUGAAAGCAAGUCCACCCAAAGUGUCAGUACAUCCGUGGAACCUACCUGAAAAUAACUGGGACCGAAUACAUAUAGAUUAUGCCGGCCCUUAUGAAAAUCACUAUUUUCUUGUUUGUAUUGACGCAAGAUCCAAAUGGGCUGAAAUCGAAGUGUUGAAGGAAGCACCCACAUCUUCAAACACAAUUAAUCUGUUAAACAAGAUAUUUGCUACACAUGGGUAUCCGAAAGAAUGCGUUUCUGAUAAUGCUACAAUAUUUACAAGUGAAGAAUUCAGAGCUUACUGCAAGAUCAACGGCAUAUUCCAAAAGUUCAUCGCCCCUGGGCAUCCAGCGACAAAUGGCCUUGCAGAACGCAACGUACAAACCCUGAAAAACAAAUUAAAGUCAGUUUCUGAAGAACCCGGAACCCUGACAGACAAAGUGAGAAGAAUCUUAUUCCGUUAUAGAGCUACUCCAUUAGCUAGCAACCAAACCCCUGCUGAACUCUACCUCAAUAAAAAACUAAGGAUUCGACUUGAUGCCAUAUUUCCUUAUCAACACCCUAAAUCAAAUAUCCAGCCUGUUUUAAAACCUGUCAGAUCAAUUCAAGAGGGGGAGAGAGUACAAGUUCAAAUAUUCAGUAACAACAGACAAGUUUGGCAGUUUGGAGUAAUAAAGAAGAAGCUAGGAAAAAGACAUUACAUAGUAACACUCGAUAGUGGAAGAAAUAUCAAGAGACACAUUAACUAG